UGCACCCCACACCGCCGUCGGCUCCUUCUCCCAGCCUGCCGGUCCCCGCCGUCUGCGUCCACGGCGUCGUCGUCGUCGUCCUCGCGUGCACACGGCAAGAGGAGCACGGGAGACGUUGCUGCGCCGCCGCCUCCGCCUCUGCUCGCCCUCCCGUUGUCGUGCCGUUUCCUCCUCCACGCCCCCUCGGUCCUCAGCAGGAGGAGUGCGGCUCCCCGCUGCAGCUGCUCCUGCUCAAGGACGAGGUGAUGAAGAUCACCCCCGUGCAGAAGCAGACGCGCGCCGGCCAGUGCACCCGCUUCAAGGCCUUCGUCGUCGGCGGCGACAGCAACGGCCACGUCGGCCUCGGCGUCAAGUGCGCCAAGGAGGCGGCCACGGCCAUCCGCGGCGCUAUCAUCCUCGCCAAGCUCUCCAUCGUGCCCGUCAGGAGGGGCUACUGGGGGAACAAGAACGGCCAGCCCCACACCGUCCCAUCGCUAGUACGCGCGGAAUCAGCAGCAAAGCGGUGGAAUUUCAGGCGGAGGAAGGAUUUGACCGGCAGCUCAGGUGCCCGCCCCCUGGGGGUCUGAAAUCGUGGCCGCCCGCGUCCCCCAGAAGGUGCUGCCGUCCGCCGGCAUCGAUGAUGUCUUCACUUCCUCUCGUGGAUCCACCAAGGUAGAGGGACAAAAAUUCAAGAUUCAAAUGAGCGACUCAAAUUCAGGAUUUGAGUUACCAACGUAGUGUCUACGACUAGCUGAUGGUUCAAGAGUUCGAAGAGGGUAUUGCGCUGAGCUGGAAGAGAAUGCUGACCAGCGUCGCCUCUUGCCGUCAAGGUCACUGUUGAGCCGCCUUCUUUCCUUCAGAGGCUUAUUGUAUUGCUACAGAUUUCUGCUACUAUCCACUCGCCCAUUGCAUAGAAAGAUCCAUUUCCCUCCAAACUCUAUCAUGCUUGGUUUUUGUAGCGUGUACUUUCCUUGCAUAGUUCCGAGUUUUAGAUCUAUUGGGCCACUGUUGAACUGUACAUAUUUUAGAUCUUGGUUCUACUUUUCAUUUCAGAAAAAUGUUAUCUUUUCAAUUAUAUUUAUUGUUUUAAGAUAUGUUA